AUGGAAGACAAGAUUAGAGUUAUAGAAGAUGUUAUAAGAGAAUAUGAAGGGGAAUUUGACGAAGAGAAAACCGAGACAUUGAUGAAGUUAAUUUCAAUUAUGGAGGAAGUUCAUCAAAAGAGUGAAGUUGUCAUUCCACAGAAGAAAGUAGUAUAUGAAGCAAUUGAGAAUCCAAACAAAGAGACAGUUAGUAAUUUUGUUGCAGCAACAUUUAAUGAACCAUUUGGAGUAGACAUCGAAAAAACAAUGGAAGAGUUUGAGAGGAAGAAGAGAAGUGUUGAAGAGCGAAUGAAAAUGAUUGAAGAGAUGAUGAGACAUAACGAGGUUAAAGAAAAAAUAGGAAAAGAUGGGAUUAAGCAAAUAGAAACAACAAUUCAAAAGAUUGAGAAUAAGUUAAUUGAAUGUCUUCGCAAAGAGAUUCAAAAGGAUAGAGUGAAAGAAGAAGAAACAAUACCAAAAGAAGAAGAAACAAUACCAAAAGAAGAAGAAACAACACCAAAAGAAGAAGAAACAACAAAAAUUGCAGUUUCACAAGAAAGUGAUGAUAAGAAAAGUUGUAAACAAAAAGAAAGAACAACAAAAGAAAGUGAUGAUAAGAAAGGAUGUGAAGAAGAAGAAAAAGAGGUAGACAAAAAAUUUGAGAAACGAAUUAAAGAAAUCAAAGAAGAAGAAAAAGAAAGACGAGAGAAAUAUUUAGAAUUUAAGAGGAAAUAUGAAGAACAUGGGAAGAACAAGGAUUAUUAUCUUGAACUGAAGAACCCAAGUAGUGAAUGUGAGAAUGAAAUCAAAAUAGGAGUUUGGAUGAAUCAAAAGAACAAUAGUAUUAUGGAUGAAAUGGAUACAUAUGAAGGGUUGAAUGAAGCAAACAAGAAAGUCAAGAAAGAGAUAAUAAUUGAGAUGGAAAAAGAGAUUGAAGAAAUUGAAAGAAUGGUUAGUGAUAUGAAAAAUACAAAAAUGGAAUUAGAUUCAAUCAAAGAAGAAAAGAAAGAAGUUAAUAAACCAAUUAAAAUCGAAGGGAAUAAUCAGAGAUAUGUUAGACCAGCACAUAAAGUAGAAGAUGAUGAAGAUAAUAUAAAAAUUGAAGUUAAUAAAAAAACAGAAACAGACAGAGUAUUUGAACAAAUUAAUUGGAGGAAAAUGGAAAUGGGAAUUCAAUUUAAAGCAAUUGAUAAAGGAAAGUAUUAUGUGAUGUAUGCAAGAAUUAAAGGAAUGAGAGAUGAAGACAUUGAUGUAAAUAUCACAAAGAAUGGUAAUUUAAGUAUUAGUGGAAUGAAAAUACCAAAUAAAGAAGAAAAGGAAAUGAUAAUGAGGAUGGUUAAUCACCAACUUAGAGGAAUUAGUGAGGAAGAAAAGGUACAAAUUAUAUAUCAAUAUUGCCAAGGGAAGUAUGGAAGAUUUAAAGAAAUAUAUAGUAUACCAAAGAAUGUUGAUAUAAAGAAGAUAAUCGUCAGUUAUACAGAAGAAGGUAUUCUUCAAAUCAACUUACCAAAAUAUAUUGACUUCAAUGAAAUAUACGACCCAUUUGCUUUUAUAUGGUAA